GAAACGGGAAACCGCAAUAAAGCUCUUUCAUGGCUAGAAAUUAGAAAGUCCGUUAUCCUGUAGAAAAUUGAAACAGAGAUUCGGUCAAAAAGAGAAAUGGCGAGGCUGACACUUCCCUCCAUGCUCCCAAGCCCAAGUGGAAAAACCCUAGCAUUCGCUUUCCUCGCCUCGAUCCUCUUCUUCCUAUCCUACCUCAUCGGCAUACACCAUCUCUCCUUCUCCUCUCUCCUUUUCUCAUCUUCCUCGCCUCCUUCCCUCUUCCAAUGCUCCAUUCAUCCCCCCUCUUCCCCUUUACCUCGCCUCUCCUCCUCCUUAGCCGCCGAACUCGACUUCCUCCCCCGUCACGACGCCGAUUCUCUCAUCCCGCUUCCAGCUUCCUACCUCCCCUCCAUUCCCUUCUGCUCCGCCAACUUCACUCACUACUGCCCAUGCCAGGACCCCAACCGCGAGCGCCUCUACCCUACAAUGCACUUCUCUCACCAUGGCCGCCACUGCCCCUUCCUUGCCGACCGGCCUUCUCCUCCCUGUCGCGUCCCUCGCCCUCGCGGCUACCGUGCUCCCAUCCCGUGGCCAGAGAGCCGUCACAGCGUUUGGUUCACUAAUGUGCCCUUCAAGAAGCUCACCGUGCACAAGGCUGAUCAGAACUGGAUUAGAAUUGAAGGGGAUAAGUUUGUUUUUCCUGGGGGUGGCACGUCCUUCCCUCACGGAGUGGAGUCGUAUGUGGGGCAGAUUUCCAAGCUGGUGCCGUUGAAGACCGGGGAGAUUCGUACGGUGCUAGACAUCGGAUGUGGAGUUGCGAGCUUUGGUAACCAACUACUGGAUUAUAAUGUGUUGACAAUGUCUGUUGCACCAAGAGAUCAACAUGAAGCUCAAGUACAAUUUGCCCUGGAGCGUGGUUUGCCUGCAAUGCUAGGAGUUUUAUCUAUCUUUCGUCUUCCUUAUCCAUCAAGGUCCUUUGAUAUGGUCCACUGUUCCAGAUGUCUCGUCAAGUGGGUUAGUCGUGGUAACUGCACUAGAAUCCUGCUUUUUUAA